AUGGAGGGCGUCAACGUCGCCGAACUGGUCGAAAGACUAGGGAGCGACGAAGAUGCGGUGCGAAAAAUGGCCGUGUUCAAACUGCAGGGCAGCAUUGGCGAUCCCUCUUUCGCAGACAUCUUCAUCGCGGAGGGCGGACUGGUGAGAUUACGCUUCCUGACUCUGCAUUCGACGGGAAAUACACUUGCGUACAGCUUGACGAGCUUUGCGAGGCUGCUGGAGGUGGAUAAGGGAUGGGAAUUUGUCGAUCAGGAAUUGGUCGAUAGGAUCGUCGAGCUCAUCGUCACUCAUCCUCUCGUCAAUAUCCUGCGUGGCGCCAUGGCGAUCCUUGUCUCCAUCGUCUCUCGCCCUCACACUGCUAGCGGCUCAUCCGAGCCUGAUCUGUUCGGUUACCAGGCGCUGAAACCCUCGAUUGCUCUCUAUCCGCAGUUCCUCGAGAUGCUCGUCAGCCGGCUCUCUUCGGCGGAUCAUGCCCUCUGUGCCAAUGCUCUACAAUUGAUCAAUUCCUUGAUGCGGGAUUCGAUCACGAACGAUACCGAGACCGAGUGGCCCAAGUUUAUCAAGCGACUACAGGAUCUGGGUGUGAUCAAGGCGGUCUAUAUCCUCAUGCAGGGAACGGCAUUGCAGGAUCACGCACAUCCUCUGAUCGAGUUCCAGUCGCUCACCAAGGUGCUGUUGAGGAAGUGGAGAGAUGUGUCUGUGGACUUGGAAAAGCCGGAUCAUAGGAGAGCGCUCAAGGGGAUCCAUCUGGCCAGCAAUCCUCCCGAGAAACCGGAGGAGAGGUUCCUAGAGCUCAGUGAAGAUGGUCGCAAGAAGAAGCACAACCCGGAGAAAUGGCGGCGCCUUGGCUUCACCUCGGAAAAUCCCGUUAGUGAUUUCGAGGAGAUGGGAUUCCUCGGAAUGAUGGACCUGACGGACUACGUGAGGAAGUACCAAGAAGAAUUCCAGAGGAUGCUGCUGGAGCUGUCGGCCAAACCGGCCGCACAGCGGUGCCCGAUUGCGCGAGCCUCGUUGGCUGUGACUUCUGUGCUCUACGAACAUUUUGAGGUUGACAAGUCCGCUAUGGAGGAUGCCAAGACCUACCUUGUUCUCGAAUCCCGUUCUAAUGUGGACAAGCUCUUCAGGCCUCUGCUGCUGCACUGGUCGCGACUGCAUGUGGCGGGACUACAUGCGUUCUUCCGUCUGUGGAAAGCCACUGGAGCAGAGGUGGAUGAUUUCGACAAAGUGGUCGAGCUCGUGCGGAUCCUCAUCGAAUCUGUCGUCGGCGGUGCAUCGCGCACCAAAGAUGUGCAGGAUGUCGAAGAAGAGCUAGCGGCUUUCGAGUACCAACGACUGCGUGAGCUGCAGAUGGAACUUCUCGAGCUGACGUACGAAGAUGCAUGGGGACAGCAUCUGCGACUGGUCCGUGAGGAACUGCAGCAUGAGGCCUUGCAGUUCGUCAAGGAGCAGCGAAUCAGAUGUUUAUUGCAAGGUGCCUGGUUCCCUAAUGAGCCCAAGCCUGAAAAUGCCCCGGUAGGCAAACAGGAGACCAAGCGGGCGACCCCCUCGUCCUACAAGUAUGCGCAGCUUUCUCACAACCGAAGAUAUCUCCAUUUCGGUGAUUUCGAAUCGAUGGACGAUGAGAAGGCCCCCGAGCUGGACAGUUUGCCUGAGAGGAUUGAUUUGUCCACUGUGUCGUCCGUUGUCUCCAAUGUGUCCGCUUCGGCUGAUGACUCGUCCGGUGCGACGAUCAAGACGCUACCUCAGCAGUCUUCUACCAAGAUAACGAUCCAUGGCUAUGCGCAGACCAACUCAUCGGCCGUAAGUUCGAAAGGCCACGCCCGCUCGAACAGCAAAACGACCGGGAAGGAAGUCGUUCUUCUCACUCUGCGGCCGCAGACUCACAGUGUGGCGUCGGAAUGGCUUGACGGGCUGCUUAUGCUGCUCAACCAGCAACCGAUCACGGCCGAGACCAACAAGCUGAUCAACCUGGUGAGCAACUACGGGCUGAAGAUCCGACUGCUGAACGUGCGAUUCGACGACGCUGCUUUUGCCGGAGAGCCGCCGGAGGUUCCAAGCCGUGAAGGUCUCGACGAUGAUUACUAUUAUGAUGUUUUUGGCGGGGCGUAG